GGGCUAUUGGAGUCUACUCUCUACCUUUCGAAACUAGUAUGCCUCUCGUUGGAUUUCAACAACCUCCCAUCUGCUGACUGAUAUUCUACGACGACUCAUGCACACCUCCUGGGACUGACGCCGUCUUCCUCGUGCUUGAUGAAACCUGAUUAUCUCCCAGAAGCGCCGAAGGACUGCCAUGCCCUGGGACGCGCCACCGGCCGAUCUUUGUGCCGUCCAAGCUUUCUUGGGAUCCCUUGAGCGCCUAUGUCUAAAUCCGCCACUCUGGCGCUGGGCGCUUAGGGGCUGUGAACCGUGGCAUCGUCCUGAUGAGGCAGCGUGCAUAAAGAAACUCUGCUCAAACACGGGGCAAGACACUUCACCUCUUCUCUUUGACCAUGUCACAAGCCGAGAAAGAACAGGCCGACCAACGAAAGGCAAAACAAGCACAUUACAAGCGCGAGAGGGCCAGCGGCAACAGGCUAUGGAGCGUCUACGUUUCCGAGUCUCAGAUCUACGAAAAGGAUCUCAUCCAAGGCUGGCGCAGCGAGAUGGAGGGUCUGCUGACGUUUGCUGGUAUCUUCUCUGGCGUCGUCACGAUAUUCAUCAUCGAAAGCUACAAGACAUUGAAUAUCAAUCCGGCCGACCAGACCCUCGCGCUGCUCAGUCAGAUCUUGCACCCAUCCGUGAACCAGAACAACGGCACGGUGGUGAUGGAGGCACUCUCCCCAACCUCUGCCUUCUCACCCCCACUCUCCUCCCUCGUAUGCAAUGCACUGUGGUUUAUCAGCCUCACGCUCACCUUGUUGUGCGCAUUCGUCGCGACCCUGAUCAAACAAUGGGCGCAAGAGUUCCCCCGCCGCGUGGUCAUGCUCUCUUCUCCCUCCAUCUGGUCGCGCACGUCUCUGUAUCUGAACUAUGGUUUCCGACGCUUCAAUAUGCACAUCGUUGUCCGGCUUCCCCUCCUUUGCCUGCAGGAGGCACUGGUCCUAUUCUUUGCGGGUUUGGUGCCAUUUCUUGCGCCUGUGAACAGCAUCAUUAUGGGCACAUGCUCCGCUGUACCCCUCGGCUUUUUCCUUGCCUAUGGAGCGUUCACCGUGCUCCCCCUGUACCAUCCCAACAUUCCAUUUCCAUUCCACACACCACUAGCGCAAAUGCUUUUGCUGCUGAAACAAGACUGGGGAAGCGAGCUGAUGGCUACCAUCGGCAUGUUGUAUACUCGAAAGAGAGUUGCUGUGAUGGACCCCGAGGCCAACGAGACUCUGGACUCUAAUGAAGAUGACCCCUUUAUGCACAAGUCCAAACGCGGUGCGCUGCGUCCCGAUGUCGCGAGAGAGAUCGAGGCGCUUGCGUGGACCGUACAGUCUCUAUCUGAUGAUGACAAGUUGCUGUUGUUUGUGGAAGGCCUCCCGGAGGCGCUCUGGGAUUUCGAUCAAAACAAGCCUCGCGGCGUCUAUCAGGCGCAUUUCAAGAUUUUGUUGCGGGAUCCGGAAGUACAUCUCGAUCAGCGUCUGGCAGAUUUUAUGGCUGGCUCCAACAGCAAUCUGCUCGAGCGCAAGGACCGCCUCCGCCGUCAGCUCUCUGUGCUCCGUGCCAUCUGGGCCAUAUGCGCGUUCUUUCUUCACACGGGGUCGCCUCUGCCAAGUCCGAUUGGAGAAGCCAACGUGGAUAAGGCGCUACUCGGCUCGAAAUUUAUUGAUUCUCCCGACGUGCAGAGCAUGGUCCCCGACGUGUCAGCUCUGGUCCGUCUGAACAUGAUCGCGUACCGGAGCCGGGAAUGGCACCCUACACAUCAAGUGCAGAGCAUCAUCCCUGACGUUCCCACUUUGAUCCGUCUGAGCAGGGCCUUCACACAGCCAAGCGACUCCGACGAUGAUCAUUUCCCUGCCGAGGCGUAUGCAGACAUGCAUCGGACGUACACGAGUUAUCUGUUGGCACUUUCCCAAUGCACUGCCAGCUUCCAACGAGAGCAGACCGUUUCGCUCUUUCAUCGGUCAACAAUGCGAUUCACGGACGGCUACUGUACUCUGCAAGACGCUCUCGAACAUCUGAUCCGCUCAGCGUCGGACGAGACAGCGGACAACGUCGUCUUUGCUGCUCGCCAGAUGAUCAGCCCGUUUGCCCAGACAUCAGAAUAUCCCAGUUGGUCGCCGUUGCCGGGCCUUGGGCGGUUCGUUGUCCGACAUCCGUCUCUCGCCGCCUCCGACCUAGACUCCGACUCACAGCCCGCUUCGAAGUACCAUUACACCCGAUACCUGUGUCACAAGCUAUGCGACAACUUGAAGUGGCAAUCAGAUCACCAGGAAUGUGUCGAUGCCCUCCAGCUGAUUUAUCGGAAUUUGCUUGAGUCUGAUGUGCCACCAAGUGACUUGGAUACCCAUCUUCUGGUCCUUCGCACCCUGCGGACUAAAACAGCCGACAUCCGCACGCACCGUUUGGUUGCCAUCGUCCAGUGCGUCGCGCUCAUGGGGAAUUUGUCCAAAACGGCGGAGUUGCUGCGUAUCUUUGACGACAAGGACUGGUUCCGCUCCAUGCUCGGCCUUGAAAACGAUGAACGGAUGGAGCGGGCAUCGGCGCAGCAAGUUCACGGGUUUGCAUCUGUGGGUGUGGUGACCACUUUCUUUGAGCAGUGUGCCGCCCGCAGUCCGGAUCAAACGGAACGGGACCUGGACUUUGAGACGCUCGAAUUGUUGGAACGCCACACAGACAUGUACAUGUCUCCGGUGAUCCCGACUGGACUGCAACGUCGAUUCGCCGACGCCGUCUCAGGAUUCAUCCGAAAAUAUCCAGAGGACUGUCUUGUGGACCGCAAUGCACUCGAAAUGGUGCUUUACCGGGCCGUUGAUGAGGACAACGGGUGGAUCGACGAUGCGGAUGCAUUGCACGCCCUGGACACGGCUGUGUCGGAGGUGCAGCCGGACCAAUCAUAUAAGUUCUAUGCUCGAGAGAUCCGGAGACAGAUUCAGAAGCGGCUCUCUCCCAACAACAUUUUUGCCGCCUCUGUCUCGCUCGAUAGUGACGAGGAGUGA